AUGUCGCAUGCGUCUCGUGCCGAGCACGCAAAUCAAGAUGCAUCAUCAAAGACAACCCUCCCUGCGCUAAAUGUGCCAGGGAACAUCUCGACAAUAGUCACUGGGACUAAUGAUGCACUGGAUUUUCUGUCAACCGCUGCAGGACAGCAUAGCAUUGCUGGUUCAGCACCAUCCCAAGGCCAUCCUUCAGCCAGCCACGUUCAGUCCGACGGUCCCAAAGUCGUAUCUGGUGGGUCUAAUGGAGUCGGGUUCACCAUCACAACCCUUUCAGAGCCAGAUGAUGCUUGUCUAGAUAUGUGGGACAAGUGUCGCUUCGUCCGUCAGGGCUGGUUUACGGCCCAAGAAGCUGUCACAUACAUCGACCUCUUCUUCGAAAAGCUUGCUCCACUAUCCCCUGUCGUCCUUGACCAAUUCCGCAGCCAUGCAUCUCAUGAACAUCUCGUUUACAGGGAAGCCAUGCUAUGCUGCACCCUGCUUAUGAUCUCAUCCCGAUUCUUCACACUGCCAGGUGCAGGCGGUACAUCCAGAAGUCACUACGUCCACCAGCGCCUCUGGAGUCACUGUGAAGUCCUUAUUCGACGCAUCGUGCUAGGCCAGGAGAAAACAUCUACCUCCCAAACAAGAACGAUCGGUACCAUAGAGAGCCUGAUUCUGAUAUCCGAUUGGCACCCUCGUGCUUUACAUCUCCCUCCUGAAACAGACGGCUGGGAUGGUCUACUUGUCACGCCUGGAUAUGAUCGAGUCAAUCGCAAGCAUAUCAACAACGAAGUUCCUCUUAUUCGCUGGCGAGAAGAUGUCUUUGAGCCCGCCAAGAGGGCAAACAGAAUGUCAUGGAUGCUCCUGGGUAUGGCCAACAACUUGGCGUAUGAACUCGGAAUAUUCUCAGGUCAGCUGGGAGAUGCAAACCAGGCUGCAAGUGGUGAGGUGCUUCGUGGCCGUCGAGCUCAAAAGCUCCUCUACAAUUAUCUGACCCAGACUGCCACUAGACUUGGCUACCCUUCUGUGUUUCCAGAAGGCAUUUCUGUGAUUGCAUCUCGCCUGUCCAUGCAAGAAACAGUUGAACCGAUUGACCAGUCCUGGAUAUCUUAUAUGGAUCUCAGUCUAGAACUUACCCAACUAUCGCGUACAGCAUCUUCGAUGUUCUUUCAUUCGGCAACCCACCUCCAAACACAAGUACUGGGAGAUCACUACGUAGAUCUCCUUGAACACUUUUCUUUGUCUCUCUCAAAAUGGCAAGAAAAGUUUGACAACAUGAGCCAAGACAUCGCCUCGUCUCUGAGAGAUACCCUGUCAGUCGAGUUCCAUCAUCUCAAAGCAUGUACAGGCGCCAUCUCCAUACAAGCUGUAGUAUCAAGGGCCUCCUCAGCUGGCUUCACAGCCGCCGCCACGAACCCUGACGAAGCAUUAUCGGCGUUUAUAACUCCCAAAGACGCCAAGUUCUUACAAGAUGUCAUCACUGACACCAAAAAGGUGUUGCAUAUCGCAACUAUGAGUGGUUUUCGGGAGCAUCUCCCCUACGCCCCAGCCCGUGUCAAGAUUAGCGUCAUUAGUUCCUCUGUAUUUCUUCUCAAGGCUCUCAGCGUUGGCUCCACCCAUACCGACGUAAACGACGCUUUAUACACUUUAGAUCAAUGCACAUCGAUACUCAAAGACUGCCCUGCGGAUGAUAUGGACUUUGCGUUGAGAUAUGCAGAUCUCAUCGAGAAGCAUACCGCACAAUUUCGGGCUCACCUUACCCAGUCCAGAGGUCUAGGCUCUAGUAAUCACAGCGGGCGGGCUUCAAUUCCUAGGAAUGUGGCUCAAGGAGAUACUGGCAUUGAUGGUCCAAACUCAUUCUUGUCUGGCCUGGAUUCUCAACAGCUUGGAGAGGAUGGGGCAAUGAUGAACUUUGACAUGGGAGAUACAUGGGUAUCUCUUCCAUUUGAUUCGAGCAUAGCUCCCUUUGGCGAAGGAUGUGAUCAAGUUGCUCUUGGACUGGAUAUCGACGCUCUAAACUUCUUGUGGAGUUUGCCCGAGCUGGUGCAGGGAGAGACAGGCUUUGCUUAAACUAGACAACAUUGAU